AUGUCCACAAAUAAUAAUCAAACUAAUGGUGAUGGCAACAUGGAUACUAUUGAUAGCAUUAUCUCAACACAAAAUAAUCAACAUUCUACCCAAAAUCCAUUUUCUCCACCAAAUACUCAUCAAAACACCCACACAGAACACCCAAAAACUACUCCAAAAUUUAAUAAAUCUCAUAACCCAAUCAACUCUUUUAACAUUUCAAAAAACCAAAAUUACAAAAACAAAAAUUAUCAUUCAAACUCAUCAUUUAUUUCAGACCCAAAUUUUAAAAAAAAAAUUUUAAAUAAUAUUAUUAAGAAUAAUGAACCAAUACUAUUUUUUGAACUACCAACUACACAUCAUAACAACAUAACCAACAUAAUCCAAAACUAUACUGGUGCGCCUGAGGUAAACCAAACAAAGGAUAAAAUUAUCGCAACAUUCACAAAUGAUUUGUCAAGAGACAGUUUCCUGAAAAAUCUUUCAAAUCAAAACAUUAUCAAAAUCAAAACUGGUAAAGAAAUACUAGAACUUAAAUUCACAGUUCCAGAACCAUUUGGAUUACAACCAAAUAAUAUAUCACUUUAUACUGAUUUUGAUGCAAUUUUAUCACAACUUCUACUAAAAAGAAUAAAUCCAACAACACUCAAAUACAUCACCCAUAUAAACAACAUUCAAACCGAUAAAUUUGACCAAUCGAUCAUUUUCAAACAUCUAUCACUAAAAUUUAAUUCAUGUUUAGAAAGAUCACUAUUCCUUUUUCACAACAACUGUCAAAUAAACACUGGAUCAUCAGAUCUCCCACAUUACAAAGAUUUAACAAUACCAAAAAAAGAAUUCCAAUUGUCAUAUGAAGUUUCAACACCUCAAAACAAUAAUAUGGAAAUAAUACUACCUUUGUUUAAUAAAAUCAUAUCUGUUAUCCCCAACUCUAAUUGUGAUACAUUUUUCACAAAAAACAACAACCAUCACUUCACAUUAAGAUCAACCUACUUAAAUCAUGGUCCACUAUCAAAUUUAAACCAAAACACCAUAAACUUAGAUGAAUGUACAAUCAAUAUUGAAUCAUUCAUCUACACUGCAGACUAA